CAAAGUUCUUUUAAGAAGUCUGGGUGUAUAAAAAGAAUGCUUUGGUUCCAUAAGUUUGAUCGGUUUUUGUGAGCAGUGUCUAAGUUAAAUGUUCAAGAGAAUAAGUGAGUCAUGAGUGUAUUCUAUUCUUAGAAUUCUCUUGUAUUAAAUACCGAUGAGUUCAGUUGAGAAAAUCAACUAUGUUUGAGAUUUCAAGGCCGAUGUUUUCAAGACAAGUGAAGCACAUUUAGAAGCUGUAGACAAAGUGUUGAGAGGUAGUGCAACUGGCUAAAAAGAGUUUAGCUAGAGAUAACCGAGUUCAGAGUUAUCUGAGAGGUUGUAUUGGAAACAAGGAGAGGGUUGGCCUUUUGCACAGUUUGUCCAAAUUUUCAUUUUAAUUUUGAUACUCUUUGGAUGUAGUUGAUAUGAAUAAUAACAUUUACUGAAUAUAUUGAGGUUGUAGUGAAAAUAUUGAUUCUCAAUUAGCUUGUUAUUCAAUCUUACAUAUCAGUAUUGUUUCUAUGGUGGUAUGAAUCUAUAACAAGAAAAAAAAUUCUAAUUUUAAUUCAGAUUUUUUUUUUUUGAAACAAUUAAAAAAUUUAAUGGCGUUUGAUAAACGUCAUAAAAAAAGUUGCAUGACGUUUUGUAAACGUCAUUGAAUAUAUUUCCAUGACGUUUUGCAAAUGCCAUAAAAAUGUUUACCAUGACGAUUUCAAAACGUCAUUAGAAGAAGGUCUAUGACGUUUUAGCAAACUUUCUAUGACAUUUUCGAAUUGUCAUGAAAAACUUUCUAUGACGUUUUCUAACUGUCAUUGAAACACUUUCUAUGACGUUUUUUAACAGUCAUGGAAAUACUUUCUAUGACGUUUUCUAACCGUCAUUGAAAUAUUUUCUAUGACGUUUUCUAACUGUCAUUGAAAUACUUUCUAUGACGUUUUCUAACUGUCAUCGAUUCAUGCCACAUAAGACGGCACCAGUAGAGACGACGUUCUGCAUGACGUUUGAAAAACGUCAUGAAAACCAUUUUAUGACGUUUUUCAAACGUCAUUGAAUGUUUUUGUGUAGUAGUGGUGGGUAAAUGUGAAUGCCAAAAUUUUGAAUUUGUGGGAAUAAUUUGUCGGCAUAUUAUGAAAGUAUUUGUUCGUCAAGACAUUGAUACAAUACCCUCCCACUUUAUCCUUCCAAGAUGGAGACAAGGGGCGAAUAAGUUUAGAGUUAUGGAUGCUGAAGCCUUGGUAAAGAAUGAUGGUAAAGAACAAUCAGAAGCAUUGAGAUUUAGUCAUAUGUGUCGGAGAGCUACUCAACUAGCUUGUUAUGCAGCACCUUCAGAUGAGGCCUACACAAUGUACAUGGAUGGUUUAGAUGAAUUGUCAAAAAAAAUUUUAGAAGUUAAUAAGGUGUCAAAAGAAGAUGCUAUGGAGUCUCAAGAUAAUGUUUUUCGAGAUGAAGCAGAUCAAUGUAAGAGUAAGUCCUCUGAGUCAUUGCUUUUAUCUCCAAAUAUCUCAAAAACCAAGGGUAGAAAGAAGGAUGAGAAUAGUAGAAGAAAAACUAAAAGCUCUAAGACGAUAAAAGGUGGUAUGCAGUUGGCUCAAAGCAAGCAAAGAAAGUGUACAAUGUGCCAACAGCCAGGACAUAAUAAGCUUACUUGCAUUUUAAACCCAGAUGCAAAAAGAAAAACGAUUGUCUCUACGGAUCAAAGGAAUAAGAAUAUGCAAGAGUCGGACAAAGAUUUAGACGAGGAAGAUUCAGAAGAGGAAGAUUCAGACGAGGAAGAUUCAGAAAGUAACUAAGAAGAAUGAAUUCAACUUCAUAUAUAUUUUUUCUCUUAGUAACUACUGUUUCAUUGAGAGAGAAUAUGUUUGUUUUG